AUUUAAUUGUAAAACUUUAAUAUAAUACAGCUUGGAGCUGACUGUGACUGUGAUACCUAGAGAAUUACACACUCUGAGUCAACACAGGACUCAAUGACCGACACUUCUGAGUUAAUCUUUCAGUGAGAGGCAGGUUGUGUGUGACAGCAUGUGGACCAGAUGAUGGAUGCUGUGACCCUGUAAUUCUCUACAGUCUGUCACUACUCCGAUGGGUGGACAUACUGAGAAUGCACCAGUGGAUGAACGAGUGCAUGCUGAUACUUCUUUCUUUUGUCGUUGUCUAUCUGAAGGGGAACAGAGUAUUGCUAGUGCAGCAGUCGCUGUUAUUCUUUUCUUGGCGGACAUUAAGGGAAAGGCCAGAGGUUAGCUGAACAGACAUACUCGGAUAUAAUUGUUUCUAUACUGGUUGGUGAGACGGAUGAGUACAUUUACUUCUAUAGAAUAAUAUAACGCAAUUACUGCAGACAAAGUGGCAGCCUGCUGACCAGCUGACUCUCUAAUCUGCAGUCAGGGGCCCACUGAGCCCACGUUGCUUUGAGACAUGAGAGGGACAUGCAUGUUUUCAUCCUGGCCAGGUGAUGGAAGCUGUUUCCUCGUAAAAUCUACGGUAUAGCUACUAUGUCAAAAUCCAUGGCUCUUACUCAUUUGUAAAAACACAACAUUUCAGGCAUACAAGCCGUCUGCAGGACGCCAGCUUUACCCAUCUUGAUUUUAUUCCGUGUCUUGUAAAUAAGGAAUCCUAUUUCUAUUGUGUGAAAUGUUAAAUCCGUUGGGAGAAAUAUCGUUGUGUUUUGCACUUUCAGGCCACUGAACCAAACUAGCCCCAAAAGUUUAAUAAACACACUGAGUAGUCAAAACAUAACUCAACAAAUAUGCAUUGUUGUUGAGGACAAAAACUCCAAAAGGCCACUCCCAAAACUAAAAAAGUGCUGCCCUCUGCUGGCUGAACAGAGCCAAGGGUCCCAAAUAAGGCUCCAUGCAAGCUCUGUAACAUACAGAAUUAUCAUUAACAGAAUGUAUGAUGGACACUGGAUGUUAAGAAUCACCAUUAUCCACUGAAUAAAGAGAAUAAAAAUAACUUACAUAUAAUACGCAAACUGCCAGCGACGCCGAUAUUGUUUUCACUAUGUCAGUCUGUUUGUGCCAUCGUUGUAAAAAGUACAACUACUGUAGCAGGAACUUCCACAGACGAGGUGCGAGUACUUUGUCAGGACAGAAAGAUAGCAUCAUGCAAACUGCAGUCAAGAAACUUUACAGCUGUGUAGUUCAGAGUUUGAAGAUGGGUGUCAUCCGAGCAAGGGUGCCCGAAGUACGGGGGUAAGACGUGGGGAAGGAGCCACUUUACGCCCCUGGUUCGCGGCUGCAUCACGAGAUUGACUCUAGCUAAAUCUUAUCAAUGCACCCAACGUUAGUUUAACCUUUUCAUUAUCAAGGUAUAGUUUAGAUAGCAUGUCCCAUUUGACAUUGCGCACCCUCUCAUAACCUUGCCACAUAAGAAGGUCAUGCCUCUUUACCACAGUUAUCAUGGACACGUGUACGUACAUAAACACAGACCUGCAGCUUUCCAUACCUCAUCAAGGGCAUCUCACAGGUGCCACGUUGCCCUCCAGUCUGUAUGUUAGUUUGUCAUGUGUUGGUGCGGUGCUGCGUAUAUAAGCAACACCUGUGGCUCUUGGAUGUUACCAGUCCUGGACUCAACGAUGACUACGUACACUUUGACCGUCCUGUGCGCCUUGGGCGUCUUCGCUGCCUUGGCCUUUGGUUCCAGGCUGGUAAGCCCCGCAGAAGAAUCCACAAACUUGUCCACAGUCCAAACUAACCCGACUAAGAUUGUGAACAAGCAUAACCAACUGAGAAGAGGUGUUCAGCCUACUGCUAGCAACAUGUUGGAGAUGAGCUGGAGCAGCGAGGCUGCAGCCAACGCUCAGAGAUGGGCCAACACCUGCUCCAUGAAGCACAGCCCGGACAGCAACAGAGUGAUCAGCACUAGCGGCUGUGGAGAGAACCUGUACAUGUCCAGCCAGCAGGACUCCUGGAGCGACGCUAUCCAGGACUGGUAUGACGAGGUGAAGGACUGGCGCUACGGAGUGGGAUCUACCAAUGGAGGAGUCGUCGGACACUUCACACAGGUUGUCUGGUACAGGUCCAACAAGGUCGGCUGUGCUGUGGCCUACUGUCCCAACUCUAGUUACAAGUACUUUUACGUCUGCCAGUAUUGCCCACCCGGAAACCUCCAGUACUCUCGCCCCUACACAACAGGACCCUCCUGUGGUGACUGCCGCAACGCCUGCGACAACAAACUGUGCACCAACCCCUGUGCCUACACUGACCAGUACAGCAACUGUGCUGAACUGAAGGAGCAGUGGGGCUGCACAAACGGCGACGUGGCCUCUUGGUGUCCCGCCUCUUGCAAGUGCGGGUCUGAGAUUAAUUAAAUGCCACAUGUGGCUCUGACUCAUCAGUCAGCUUCAAUAAAAUAUGCAUAUCUGAA